AUGUCUGACGAGGCUCGUCGUGUGCUAGAACAAGGAUACGCGCAGACGAAAGCUGCUACGGCCUCACCGGAUUAUGGUGCAUUGAAUUCGGUAAGAACGGCCAAUGCGACACUCGGCUACCUUAGUCCUGACCUCCUCCCCGAUGUGAGAGUCUUGAACAAUAUGAUUAAGUCGCCUGCAGCUUACGUUGAAUUCAAGAACUUGCAGUCCCAUGCGAGUCCCAUGCAGGGACGACAACGAAGCAACGCAUCCGGCCCACG